AUGCAGCCGCAGUGCGGAGCCCCUGAUGGAGGCCUUGGAGAGGAGGCUCCCCUGCAAGGGGCAUCAGGAGAGGCUCUGAAUGGCACCAAAAAUGAAGCUACCCAAACAGAAAAUGUAGAGAGUCCUGGGGAAACAGUGUCAGAACUGCAGGUACAAGUAGAAGGUGCAGAGAAAGAAUCUGAAGAGAAAAUUAUGGAAGAUGUAAUUAAUCAAAAGCAGCCUGAAGACAUUUUGAAUGAGUAUAGCACUGGAGACACCAUAAGAGUGCAAAAUGGUAAACUUGUAGAAGACAAGUCUAGUAGUAUGUCCGGAACACAUCAACAGAAUGAACAAAAACCAGAUGGUGAUCACAAAUCAGUAACCAGCUCAUUCAGUCAAAAGAAAGAAGAAAAGGAUGGCUGUAUAAGAAUGACAAAAAAGGUCCUGCGAGACAUCUGUAAGCAGCAGAAAUUGUACUUGACCCCAUCCUUAAAUGAUACACUUUACUUGCAUUAUAAAGGUUUUGACCGUCUGGAGAAUCUUGAAGAAUAUACAGGAUUGAAGUGCUUAUGGCUGGAAUGCAAUGGCUUAGCAAAAAUUGAGAAUUUGGAAGCUUUGACAGAGUUGCGCUGUCUCUACUUGCAACUGAAUUUAAUUAAUAGAAUUGAAAACCUGGAAGCCUUACAAAAGCUGGAUUCCCUCAAUAUUAGUAACAACUAUAUCAAGACCAUUGAGAAUCUCUCUUGCCUGAAAGUCCUGCACACUCUGCAGAUUGCACACAAUAAAUUACAAACAGUGGAAGACAUACAGCACUUGCAAGAAUGUCCAAGUAUUUGUGUCCUUGAUCUUUCCCACAACUACCUAGAUGAUCCAAAUAUUAUAUCUGUUUUGGAGGCCAUGCCUAAUUUGUGUGUGCUUAAUCUCAUGGGAAAUCAAGUGAUAAAGAAAAUUGCUAAUUAUAGAAAAACACUUACUGUUCGACUAAAACAGCUAACAUACCUGGAUGACAGACCAGUUUUCCCAAAAGAUAGAGCCUGUGCAGAAGCCUGGGCGAUUGGAGGGCUUGAAGCUGAGAAAGCAGAAAGGGAAAAAUGGGAAACCAGAGAGAGGAAAAAAAUCCAAGAUAGUGUCAAUGCUUUAGCAAGAAUCAGGAGAAAGGCAGAGGAAAAGAAAAGACAAAAGUAUAUGGAAGAAAGAGAUGCAAGUGCAAAGCGUGAAAACAGAGAUGUAAACGAGCCCCGAGAAGGAGCAUCUGCAAGUUCAGAUGAGAGUGAUGGAACUUCUAAUGCAUCAGAACUAUCAGAUGUAUCAGAAGAAGCAGAAACUCAACAGAAGAUUGAGCAAUCUGUAAAUGAAAGGUUUGAUGCUUACGAUGAAGCAGUAACGCUGCCCUCAGACACAGAAGAUUACACAGAUUUCCCCUCUGCAUAUAUUCCUGCUAAAAUUAAAGAGGAUGCACUAGGAUCAAAUUCAUACAACUGCUCAAACUUCAGCAGUAAGGCAAACGAUUUGCCAGGAGGGAAGAUGGUUCCUGAAGUGGAUGACUGUGCUGAAAAAGAACAAAUCAAACUGGGGACACCAGAGAAACUUCUUCUUGACGAGUUGCCUGAUUUAGAAGAUAUAGAAGUUCCAAAUGCUCCAAAAGAGGAAAUCUUUGUUCAAAAGCAUGAAUAUCAUCCAAAGAUUGAGAUAAUUUCUGAAACAGUAAAUGAGAGUGACUCUGCAGUAGAAAACAGUAAAAGCACAUUUGGGAAUUCAGUAGAAGAGGUUCCAACAGCAAUUUUUUCAAAUGUGUGCAAGAUACGUGAAGAUCAUGAAAAGGAGAUCCUAAGACCCAUCGUUGAGGGCUUGGUUAUGGAGCCUUCUGAUUCAGAAAGGGACUUGGAGACCAAAGAUAAACAAGAAAACCUGCUGAAACCUCUCAUUCAAGAGAUUAUCACUGAACCUAAGGAUACUCUACUGUUGUCAUCAGUCUGCAAUCAUCCAGAUGAUAAAAGCCCACUGGAAGGGGACAGCAAUAUUACAGUUUCUUGCCAUGGGAAUGGCAGUGAUGGAGAAGUGCAGUGCCUGGCUGAGAGUGGAACACGCCCCCAUGAACCACAAGAUAACAAGGACAGUGAGUGUGGAUUUGAUUAAUCAAUUAAAA